AUGGGAGUAGGAUCUCCCGACUCCUUAGGGUCACUCCUCAGGGUCACUCCUCGUCCUGGGGACCAGAUUCCAGGCUUCACAGGACUGGAGAAGGGGGAGGGCGUCCUCCCUUCCCAAAGCGCCAGCUCAUUUAGAUACAGGUGCCUAGGGCUUUGGCUCUCGUCGCUGACGAGGGGUAGCAUCUUUCCGAUGCUGGUGACUCAAACCGUGGGAGGGAGGAGGAGCGGCGCUGGCAGGCAAGUCCGGGGGACCGUCGCAGCGCGGGAGGCCAAGAAGAGACGGCCGCCCCGGGCCCGGCUUCGCCCCGCCGGGAAGGGGCUCCCUGCAGCCGCCCCCGGGCGGCUCCCCGCGCGGCCCCGCGCGGAGCUCUCCAGGACCGAGCUGCGUGAGGCGCGGGGCUCGGCCUUCCUCGCUCCCCUGGUGCCAGGACCCGCACGCACAAGCUCCUGCUUGCGGGGACACCUCAUAGGAGCAGCUGGAUCCAUUUUCCAGAGGGUCAAGUUGAGGAUGAGAAAGUCUCGAGGGCCGGGCAGCUGUGCGCGCAGAACCCCCGCCCCAUCUGCUUUUAGGUUUCCCGGGUGCGGCUGGAGCCCCUCUAGAGCGCCGGCCUCCGCUGCCCGCAUGGGCUUCACCUGCGCCUGUCGCCCUGUCCCCUUGCCCACUGCAUUUUCCUCGGGGAGAGCAUCUUCCACAGCAUGCGUCCCCUGCCCCCCACGCCCCGAGACCCCUCCCAUUCCGCCGGGGGAGGAGAGGCUGCUAGGAGGCUCUCGGAGAGCCCCUGGGCUGCAGAGAAAGACGCCUCCCCUCUGCGGCUGAGGCCGAGUGAGCCGGAGGGGGCCGGCCGCUCGCCAGUGGUUCUCCGAGGGACUGGCGGGGAGGCCCGAGGGGUGGGAUCAGGGCGGCCGCCACCUC